GGUAGGUGGGGGAAAAAAAGUACAGAUGUAAAAUAACUUGGGUUUCCCAAAGUAAAAAAAAAAAAAAAACACACCUAAGGACUCUUCUAUUUUUGUGGAUGUUUUAGGAAAGAGGCUGUAAGUCUUUGAAUGAAUUGGUGAUCACACUUGUUUACAAUUAAGAUACAGUGGCACUGGCUGAAACAUUUGUAUUUUAAGCAAUUGUUUUCUGCUGCAUGUUUCCAGGGUUACCCAGUCCCAAGAGCUGUUAGGAAUCGGCAUUGCUUAUUUCUGGAGGUUUGCAUGCUGUGCCACUAAAAGAGAGCUUGCUCUGGGGCCCUAUAGAAGAGCAGCGGGCCCCAAGGUGGCUCAGCAGUGAAUCAGCAGGGUCUGGACUAACCCUGCUGGGUUUUCUCUCCUUUCUUGCAGGUGAAGUGAAGGCAGGAAGAGGAGUCUGCGUGCUGCGACCGUUUCCUAUCCAGGGCAUUAGGAUGGCUUCCACACUGCUGUGCCGCCAGCUCGCUGUCAAUCUGCAGCAGAACCUGCGACUGUUGGCGCCACGUUACAGGUGCGUCAGCAAGGCUGCGACUAAGAGCUCUCCAGAUGUUGACUUUGAUGGGCCUUCCAUGAAGACCGAGGUUCCUGGUCCCAGAUCCAGGGAGCUGACAAAACAGCUGGAUAAGAUCCAGAACACCGGGGCGAUAAACUUCUUCUGCAACUACGAGGAGAGCCGAGGGAAUUACCUGGUGGACGUGGACGGGAACAGGAUGCUGGACCUCUACACUCAGAUCUCGUCCAUCCCCAUCGGUUACAAUCACCCAGCCCUCCUCAAAGUAAUGCAGAACCCGCAGAAUUUGAGCGCUUUUGUGAACAGACCCGCUCUGGGGAUUCUGCCUCCAGAGAACUUGCCUGGGAACCUGUUGGAUGCGUUGCUGUCAGUUGCCCCCAAAGGUCUCCGCAAAGUGCAGACCAUGGCCUGCGGGUCCUGCUCCAAUGAAAACGCCUACAAGGCAGCCUUCUUCUGGUACAGAAACAAGGAGAGGGGGAACAUGAAGCCCACCAAAGAGGAUCUGGAUUCAUGUUUGAUCAACCAGGCUCCUGGAUGCCCUGAGUUCAGUAUCCUGUCAUUCAUGGGUGGAUUCCACGGUCGGACUCUAGGCUGCCUCGCUACGACGCACUCCAAGGCCAUGCACAAGCUGGACAUACCCACGUUCGACUGGCCCAUCGCCCCGUUCCCCAGGCUGCGCUACCCGCUGGAGGAGUUCGUGCGGGAGAACGUGCAGGAGGAGGCGCGCUGCCUGGAGGAGGUGGAGGACCUCAUCGUGAAGUACAGGAAGAUUGGCAAGACGGUGGCCGGGAUCGUGGUGGAGCCCAUCCAGUCCGAGGGAGGGGACAACCACGCCUCUGUAGACUUCUUCAAGAAGCUCAGAGACAUCGCCAGGAAGCACGGCUGUGUGUUCCAUGUGGAUGAGGUCCAGACUGGGGGGGGCGGCACUGGGAAGUUCUGGGCCCACGAACACUGGGGGAUGGACGACCCAGCUGACAUCGUCUCCUUCAGCAAGAAGAUGCUCACCGGAGGAUACUUCCACAAGGACGAGCUGACUCCUGCUGAGCCAUACCGAAUCUUCAACACGUGGAUGGGAGACCCGUCCAAGAACCUGCUCCUGAAUGAAGUCCUCAACGUGAUCCGGACUGACAAUCUGCUGGAGGAGGUUUCCCGAGCCGGGAAAGUGCUGAUGGAUGGGCUGUAUGAUUUCCAGGCUCGCUACCCCCAUCUUCUGAGUGCAGCCAGGGGUCAGGGCACCUUCCUAGCCAUCGACGUGAGAGAUGAUGCAACACGCAACAUCCUGAUCAUGAAGGCCAGGGACAAAGGUGUCGUUCUUGGAGGCUGCGGAGAGCGUUCCAUUCGGUUCCGCCCCUCCUUGGUCUUCAAACAGCACCACGCCAACGUCUUCCUGAACAUCUUCAACGACAUCCUAGCGGAGUACAAGUAGGGUGCAAGAGAGCCCCGCCUCACAGCAAAGCACAGGGUCCAAACCCCUCACUCGAGCAAUCAAAAUGAGCCAAUCACAAGCCUCGGUUAAGAACCAUUACAUACAAGCAAACAGUGACGCAGACUGGGGAGUUGUAGAAUUUUAAAUAUUGUUUAAAAAAAACAAAAAAAAACAAACAAACAAACAAAAACUAAUCAAAAUCAUUAGACUUGUUAGAAUUUUAUGUAAGGGAUCCAGCAAAAUCGUAAUCCCUCUUGGGGGCGGGGGGCAACUGAGGUAGGGAGAUUUUUGUUUUUAUUGUUUUGGUUUUGUUUUUAAUUGUUCACCGAUCCUGGAAUGUGUCAGUAGUGUGAUUGGAUAAGCACUUCCCCUUCCUUUGUGUUCAGGGGGGGGGGUUGCCGUGUGAAAGCAGGGGCGCGCUGUUGGGUGAACGCAAGCAAAAACCGUCCCUUUACAUGCCAACAGGCUUCGCAUAUAGUAGAGCCUCGCCUAUCAGGAACUGUGGAGCUGGCAGGACGCAUUAGUGACUGAGGGACGAGGUUUCAGCCCUUCAUAUCUUAGCAGAUGAAUAGCUAUUGCAAUCUUUGAUUUUUUAAAAGUGCAAGACCUGGACUAUUUCUUUUGUAUUUUAAUGGAACCCACUAUUCCCAGUCAGGCGCUCAUAGGUACGUUUUGGCAUUGCAGUUCCAGUAGUACAUGUGUAGCCCACCAACCCCCAGGCUGGGCAGGUUGGUUCAAACGACGUUGUAGAUGAAGCACAAAGCCUAUCCUGUCUCCGGCCUGCUGCAUGGGCUCUUUUCAAGCAGUGCGGCUCUGCUGUACUGGGGCACAGAAAGGGAGGGUUGUUGCCCUUCUGCAGACGAGUUCCUGGGUACUAUCCUCUUGGACUAACAGCCCAGAUCCCAAGCUGGGUCUCUUUAUAAAGACGCGGGCGCACACUCCCGACCAAUGAGAGUUCACUGCAGUUUGGAUAAGCAAAACGCAUUUCUGUUUCUAUAUUGAAAGCAAAAAAGCAAUACCUUAACUACAAGCUCAGAGAUGGAGCGCACACAUUGAACUGUCAUUGAACAAAUAAACAAUCCACACUACACACAGGUUCAAUGAACAGUAUAAUACACACAACACAACGGUUACAUGCACAGUAUAAUACACACACUACACACAGGUUCAAUGAACAGUAUAAUACACACACUACACACAGGUUCAAUGAACAGUAUAAUACACACGCUACACACAGGUUCAAUGAACAGUAUAAUACACACGCUACACACAGGUUCAAUGAACAGUAUAAUACACACGCUACACACAGGUUCAAUGAACAGUAUAAUACACAGCUACACACAGGUUAAUGAACACACGCUACACACAGGUUCAAUGAACAGUAUAAUACACACAGUUUAAAAGGUGUCUUGACAAGGCUUCACACAGCUCUUUUGUUUGAUUAAACUGUGGUAGCCAGGUAUAAUGUUAAUAUAAAGAACACAUGGCUGUUAUCACCCUGCCCUGGGUUUCAGAGUGUAGAUUAUUGAAUGAGCAGGUGCCAGGAAUCUGAGCGAUCAUGCCUUUGCUAACGCCACUGGAGCCUCAUCACAGCACACACGAGUCUCAUCUGAGUCUGAGGGCUUACUGUGAGGAGGUGUUCAUACAGCUAUAGUGGAGGAAUAACUUUGCGAGUUUCUCACCCUGCUGUAUUAAUAGAAGCAUUAAUGUACCAAUGAGAGGUCCUACGCCCGCUUAUUAUUACAAUGAUGGAACCCAGGACUAUAAUUACAAUGCUGGAACCCAGGACUAUAAUUACAAUGAUGGAACCCAUGGCUAUAAUUACAAUGAUGGAACCCAGGACUAUAAUUACAAUGAUAGAACCCAGGACUAUAAUUACAAUGAUGGAACCCAGGACUAUAAUUACAAUGAUGGAACCCAGGACUAUAAUUACAAUGAUAGAACCCAGGACUAUAAUUACAAUGAUGGAACCCAGGACUAUAAUUACAAUGAUAGAACCCAGGACUAUAAUUACAAUGAUGGAACCCAGGACUAUAAUUACAAUGUUGGAACCCAGGACUAUAAUUACAAUGAUGGAACCCAGGACUAUAAUUACAAUGAUAGAACCCAGGACUAUAAUUACAAUGAUGGAACCCAGGACUAUAAUUACAAUGAUGGAACCCAGGACUAUAAUUACAAUGACGGAACCCAGGACUAUAAUUACAAUGACAGAACCCAGGACUAUAAUUACAAUGAUAGAACCCAGGACUAUAAUUACAAUGAUGGAACCCAGGACUAUAAUUACAAUGCUGGAACCCAGGACUAUAAUUACAAUGAUAGAACCCAGGACUAUAAUUACAAUGAUGGAACCCAGGACUAUUUUGGAAAUUGCUUUUUAUUCACAGGAGUUUAUGAACAUCAUUGCAUUUUUUUCUUUCUUCUGUUUUGCCCCCCGCCCCUAAAAGUUGACCCAUUCUUCACCAAAUGAGUGAAGGUAGUGGUAAUGAUGGAGAAGGUCUUUCAAGCUGUCGUGUGAGGCAUGGAAAUACAACAUGACUCCGUCAGACUAUUCAAAUCCAGCAGAUCUGGCCAUCGUGUUUGAUAACUGACAAUACUGUCCUAGUUGUAGUUACAUGUAUAUACAGUGUAUACGGUCUGUAUUAACCCAUUCAUGCACAUUGCCAUGCACACGUUUCAACCCCACACCUUCGCACAGCUGUAUCCCAUCAUGAGACUAAACUUCUUGGAAUCGGUGCCGUUCUCUUCAGUCGCGUCUUCGAAAUAUAAAGUUUGUAACGUCUUGACUGUUUAUGCAAAGUGAAGCUUGUUGUUCAGUAGCACGUGACAAACUCUGAAGGGAGGUUGGUAAUUCUUUUUUUCUUCUGUAAUGUUUACUGACAUUUUGUAAUUGUGGUGAACGUGAAGUUCAUAACUGAAGCUCAGCUAGUCCGCAUAAAAGAAUAGAUUCAAGAAUAGAUUCAUGCAAAUUUUGCCAUUGAUGUUUACUAAACUGUACCAAGUAUGGAUGUAACCAAGUAAAAAUCUAGGUCUUUAUUGUAAUUGAAAAAGAAAUGUAUCAGUAUUGUGAAAUAAAGCUUAUUGUAAUUCUGUGAGUGAUGUCAUGAUGGUGUGUUCUUUGUUGUUUUUUUUAUUAAUAAAUGCUGCUGCUCAUCCCCUUUCA